AUGGGGCAUCACUCAUGUUGCAACAAGCAAAAGGUUAAGAGGGGGCUCUGGUCACCAGAGGAGGAUGAGAAACUCAUCAACUACAUUAAAACCAACGGCCAUGGUAGUUGGAGCUCUGUUCCCAGACUUGCUGGUUUACAAAGAUGUGGAAAGAGCUGCAGACUAAGAUGGGUAAAUUAUCUGAGGCCAGAUUUAAAACGUGGGAGCUUCUCCCCCCAAGAAGAAGCCCUAGUCAUUGAGCUCCAUAGCAUUCUUGGUAACAGAUGGUCUCAGAUAGCCAAGCACCUACCUGGAAGAACAGAUAAUGAGGUUAAGAACUUUUGGAACACAAGCAUAAAGAAGAAGCUCAUCAUGUCCCAUGAUGCUGUUCCUGUUUUGUCAACCUUUCCUAGUACUGCUGGUUCAGAGGAAGGAAAUUCAAACCCUAAUUUGAUCCUAAACUCUCAAGCACACCACCUACACCUCCCCCCUCCAAUCACAAUGCUGCAAGGUUUUGAUCACACCACUCUAAUCCCACCACCAUCAGAUUCAUCUUCUUAUGACACGCGGUCACUCGGCUAUGAUCAACCCCAUCAACUUGAAUAUCCCAGUCAACAAGUUCAAAAUUACACCCAGCUGGGAGCAACUCCACAUGAUAAUCAACUAUUGGUGCCAAAAAUGGCAGAACUCUAUGAGAUCAUGAUCAGUGGAAAUGUUAGCAGCAUGCUGCAGCAAUAUCCACCACCUCCUUUGCCAGAACUCUCAUGCUGCUGGCCUUUUGGGUUUUAUAAUCCGCAUUAUUCACAAGUUCCAGCCAUCCAAACAGAUAACAGUGGCAACAAUAUCAUAUCAUCACUGCCACCGCUAUGA